CGUCUGGUUGCGCACACUUCUAUUGGGCUAAGAUUGCUGGUUUGAAUAAUGAACAUGUUAGUGUCGGGAGAGGUGAUUGGCUGGGCACUGCUGCAGUGAGAAUGCAGGCUGGAUACUCGGGGUUUCGGCUCACUUGAUGUGCAUUAGAUGAGCCAGGGAGAGCCUAGAUUAAUUGGUAGCUUUGAGCAGCUUCCCAGAGUGAAAGGGUCCAUUUUAGCUUUCCUAUUAAGCUCAGCAUCUUGGCUUCUCUGUCCAGACUUCCUCUAAAGCUCAGUGUCUCGGGUUCUCCAUGCCAGAGCGCUGGAGCUUUGUCUGUUGCCACCAGCUCUGAGGCUGUUGUACAGUGAGCUGCUUCUCAGGCCAGGCACGACAGCAGUAGCAGCAAUUUCAAAAGGCAGGAAUCCGCUGCAGGAAUAGUCUGUAAAGCAACUGGACCUCUGGAGUUGCUGGCUUGAAUCUCUUUCUGGCUGCUGUGCGGAACGGAUUCCUAGUUUGGAGGGCUUGGUACUGCAGUCACAUCCUUGGCAGCAGGCAGCCACUGAUUGCAGGGUUUCCUUGACUGGGACUUUCACUGGAGUAGCCAUGCUGCAGACCCUCUGGCGUUUUCUGUCCAGCCUCUUUACCAGGGCCAUAUGCCAAGGUCCUGCAGAAGGAAAAGAGAAUGGGGCCAGAGAGACGACCCCAAUUCCAGACCCAGGGGACCAGGGGCCAAACCUGUUGGGGAAGCCACAGGACAGAGGGGCUGAUCCCACUGGAAGGAGACCAACUAUCUUACUGGUGGUUGGACCUGCAGAGCAUUUUCCAAAGAAAAUUGUGAAAGCUGGAGACAAGGACCUGGAUGGGCAGCUGGACUUUGAGGAGUUUGUUCACUAUCUCCAAGAUCAUGAGAAAAAACUGAGGCUGGUCUUCAAGAGCUUGGAUAAAAAGAAUGAUGGCCGUAUCGAUGCCCAGGAGAUCAUGCAAUCCCUCCGGGACCUGGGAGUCAAGAUCUCUGAACAGCAGGCUGAGAAGAUCCUCAAGAGCAUGGAUAAAAAUGGAACUAUGACAAUUGACUGGAACGAGUGGCGAGACUAUCACCUGCUGCACCCAGUGGAGAACAUUCCUGAGAUCAUCCUGUACUGGAAGCACUCAACGAUCUUUGAUGUGGGAGAGAAUCUGACAGUCCCUGAUGAGUUCACAGUGGAAGAGAGGCAGACGGGCAUGUGGUGGAGACAUCUGGUCGCGGGUGGAGGUGCAGGUGCAGUUUCCAGAACCUGCACAGCUCCACUGGACCGGCUGAAAGUGCUCAUGCAGGUCCAUGCUUCCCGCAGUAACAACAUGUGCAUCGUUGGUGGCUUUACCCAUAUGAUCCGAGAGGGCGGGCCCAAGUCGCUGUGGCGGGGGAAUGGCAUCAACGUCCUGAAGAUUGCGCCAGAGUCUGCCAUCAAAUUCAUGGCUUAUGAACAGAUCAAACGGUUCAUUGGCACUGACCAGGAAAUGCUGGGAAUUCAUGAGCGGCUAGUGGCUGGUUCUCUGGCAGGGGUCAUUGCUCAGAGCAGCAUCUACCCAAUGGAGGUUCUGAAGACCCGAAUGGCCUUGCGGAAGACAGGACAGUAUUCAGGCAUGCUGGACUGCGCCAAGAACAUCCUCUCCAAGGAAGGAAUGGCUGCCUUCUACAAAGGCUACAUCCCCAACAUGCUAGGAAUCAUUCCAUACGCUGGUAUUGACCUGGCAGUCUAUGAGACAUUAAAAAAUACCUGGUUACAACGCUAUGCUGUGAACAGUGCUGACCCCGGAGUGUUUGUUCUCCUGGCUUGUGGCACCAUCUCCAGCACCUGUGGGCAGCUGGCCAGUUAUCCCCUGGCUCUUGUGAGAACACGCAUGCAGGCUCAAGCUUCAGUGGAGGGAGCUCCAGAGGUGACAAUGAGGGGACUCUUCAAACACAUUCUAAAGACAGAAGGAGCAUUUGGCCUCUAUCGGGGUCUGGCCCCAAACUUCAUGAAAGUGAUCCCAGCCGUAAGCAUCAGCUACGUGGUUUAUGAGAACUUGAAGAUGACCCUGGGGGUGCAGUCACGGUGACCAGGAGACACCAAGGAUUCUGAACUCUGAAAUCUUGGGCUGUAAUCCUGGGGUGUAUAGCCAUCUCUCAUUCUGUGAAUGUGUCGACACUAAGCUGACUAAGCAAAGCUGUGAGAAUCCAGUUGGGUGUGAGUCAGGAUGUGGAGGAUUUGGUGUCCUUUGCCAUCUUGCUACUCAAGAGCUCUGCUUAAACCAUCAAGUGGUCCUUCAAGCAUACAGGAGACCAAUUGGGAGACCAGGGGAUCAACUCCUGGUUGUGUCUCAAGCUGCAAGUUUGAGGCCAGUUUCCAGUAGCCUAGUAGAGCGGGGAUCUUGCAUGUAGAAACAGAGCUGCUGGCCUGGAGAUAUGUAGCAACUUUUGAAAUGCUGAAGGAGCUUUUUUCCAUUCAGUUUAACCUCCUACCUGUUUAAAAUUGUACAAACUUUGUGUUGGUGCUGCCACCACAGACUUAUUUAUUAUGUUUACAUGUAUUUCUUUCGGUAGGAGACAUUCAUGUUCUGCUUCCGAGACUCUGACACGAAAUGAAACUUUAAACUGGACCAGUUUUGGGGGCUGGUGAGCAGUGGUUCUUCCACUCAGGCUGAAGGUUACUUAGGCCAGCCUGGUGGAGAAUUAGGAUUAUUUAUUUUUAUAGGUCAGAGCAAGUCUCUCUCAUAAACCUGCUAACAAGAUGCACUUACUAACAGAAGCAGCAGACUAAAGCCUGCAUACCUGCAUUGCUGCAUGCUAGAUGGGUUUGUCAUUCAUGCCCAGCAGAGGUUUGGAAAGGGGAAGGCUAGAGAGCCCUGAAUGGACUGUUGCCUCGAUGCAUGGCUUCACUGAAUAACUGACCGUACUCUGCUACUCUUGUCCAUCUCUGUAGCUGGGCUCCUGGCACAGCAUGGGAGAAGGCUCUGCAGCCUGCUUGGUACUCUGAACAAGGUUCUGCUCGGUGCCAAGGGGGGACGACUGACCCUUUCCAAACCCUGCAGCUAAGCUACUAUUUAUCCCUCUUUAGAUCUCUUUGUAGACUUGGAGUUAGGGUUUGCAUUUGAGGGAUAAGGAAUCCCCAGGCUAGGAGUAAUGUUGUGGGAAGGGAUGUUAGCUGACAUUGGGAGGAAGUCGGGUUCGUCAGGGGUUUGAAGAUGACUGCUUGUGUUUUCUCCCAGAGGGUGCUUUUCAUAGGGGGAAGGGAAGGGAAUGGCUUUAAAAUUUCUCUGACUGUAUUAUGGGCUACUUCAGUCUAUAGGAUCAGGCUUCUGGGGCCCAGGAGAUCCUCCUCCAACUUUUGAUUUGGGGCAAAAUGGACCAGUGUCACAUUCCACUCAUGUCAUACUGCUUAAAUCAUAUUUAUUUUGUAUUUAUUUGAACAGUUAUGUAAACUAUUUUUAUAGACUUGUUUAAAUAUUGUUACUGUCCUUGUAUUUCUCCUAUUUAAAGUUCUGUAUUAUUUUCUUACCCAUUUGCACCUUUACCAUCUCACAGCUCAGCAGCAGGGGAAGACACUGAGGUCACUAGUGUUCUCUUCCCCUAAAGCUUGAGCUGCUCUUUCUAUAUCUGGGCUGGUUAUUGGAGGGCCUCAGUCAGUCAAGAGAAAUUCUCUGUAGCAAUAAGCCAUAGAAGGGAGGGGAACUGAUUAGCUAGGAAACAGUCCACUGGGACAAGGGACGCGGAAUGGUGCAUUUUGAGGCUUGCCUUGCUCUGGAAUCGCCUCGCAUGUGUGUGUGACAGGAUUUCCUGUGGAUGGCUCAAGCUGGGGAAAUGGAAGGUCUGUGUAUGUUGAUGUCUCAACGGCUAAUUGAGAGAGGGUCGAUUUGGAAUUUUUGUGGUAAAAAAUCUCAGGGAUUUAAAAAUAAGACAAAAGUUGACAGUUUCCAGAAAUGUGGAAGGAAACUUGCACUUGGACACAAGCUGCUGCAGUUCUGUUUGAAGGGGAGUGGGCAGACCUGCUGCUGAGUCCCAGUGCUCCUCACACACACGUGCACUACGGAGAAGUUUUGUGGGAACGGGAAGGGCUUCGUUAGGCACUCCUGGCAGCUGCUCCGGGUGUGACAGACUUUAGCAGUAUGGAGAACCUUCAGUCUUUAGGUACUCUCCUUGCUGUCUGUUCUUGCCAGAUGGAAAUCUAACUUUGUACCUGGAUUAGUGAUAUGAUUUUUUUUUCACCUCCCCUUUUGAGACCAACUGUUAAUUCUGCAGUGGCUCCUUCCUACCAGUGUGGCCUAAUGGGAAUAUUCCGAAUACAAAAAUCAAUGCAAAAUGUGACUGUCUUUGUAGCUGUAACUGGAAGUUGUCAGAACACAAAUCUAACCAAUGAGAUUCCUCAUGGAGGGAACAGUCUGCUAAUAAAGGUCUAUCAAAGCUA